AUGGCAGAAGUUGGAUCAGUUGAAGCUGAUUUCUUUCUCUUUCAGGGUUACAAGGAGAAGAUUGUGGAUAUAAGAGAAGAAAUUCUGCGAAAGAGACGAGCAGGGAAGCUUCCAGGGGACACCACAUCUCUUUUGAAAGCUUGGUGGCAAGCACACUCUAAAUGGCCAUACCCCACUGAGGAAGACAAAGCUAGACUGGUGCAGGAAACAGGGUUGCAAUUAAAGCAGAUAAAUAAUUGGUUCAUAAAUCAAAGGAAAAGGAACUGGCAUACUAAUAACCCCUCAUCCUCUAAUAACACCAAAAGCAAGCGCAAGAGCUUUCUCUAUGAGAGGCAUGGAAGUUGCAAGAGAGAGAGGGGACAGCUUCCUUCCGAUUGCCUUCUUACCACAAAAGGAAUUGCGAAUGAAAAGAAGGAUUUGGCAGACGUAAAGCAAAGGAAAAGUAUAGAUUAUUUUGAACGCCUCCUCAAAGGAACGCGUUUACUUUGA